AUGCUGCCUGCAUAUUCGUCAGAAGAAUGGAUAGUAAUUGGUAUAACUAUCAUCGGCGGGGCAAUAAUCUCUAUCAUUCUGAAUUUCUUUUGGAAGAAUAAAAAACCACCAACCCUAGAAAUAAAGAAGGAAAAUGACAAGUUCGUUGGUAAAAUGAACACUACAGGCCUUAAAAAAGUUAUCUUCAGUCCGGAGGUUUGCGAAAAUGAAGUACCAGAUGUCGUCACUCAGAGCAGUGAUUCAGACAGCGAGACAAACUCUGAUGAACAGGAAGAUGAAGAAGAGAAUCAGCAAGAAGAUGAGGAAGAGGAGGAAGAGCAAAUGCCACAGUUCAACAAGCGCAAAAUCAAGAAUACUCAUCAAAAAUUCAAUGCUGAGGCCCCUUCAACAUCGAAUGCACAGGAACUAUCGGACGCGGACAAAAUGAACGUAACCAUUGGAAAACUUCAUGGAAAACUUGCCACCGCUCAAUUGAAAGCGAAAACUCGUCAAAUUGCCGCUGAAAUGAGCGAACAAGAGCGAGAAAUCGAGAACCAAAUGACAAACAAUCAAAUGGAAUCAAUAAUGAAGUUGAUGAUGCAGAACCAGGAAAAGUUCGGCAUGAGCAGCGAGGACAUCAAAGAGCAAAUGAAUCUCUAUAAAUUUUGA